AUGGCCGACACCAACCCUCAAGCCCACAAAAAACCAGUCACUUGUCCUACUUGCGAAAAGGUUUUGAGCAAUAGUAGACAAUUGAGGAAACAUCGGAAACGCAUACACAAACGUCGCAAGACUAAGGACGCUGGAAAAACUCCCGCUACGACCGUUACUCCCGCUAAGACCUUUACAUGUAUUUUCUGUUUCGCAUCCUUCAACGCCCUGGAUGAAUUGUGCCGUCAUCUCGAUACUCAGCACAGUUUCGUUUGCAAAUUUUGCAAAGCGCAAUUCGGAGAGGAAAAGAUGCUAGAGAUACAUCAGCAGGACAGCGAUCACGAAUCGAACGCCCCCGAAACAAGCAAGCAUGAGAAUGAUGGCGUUGAUGGUCCCGGGAGCCGAGAACCAGAUUCCUCGACAACUGGUCUUAAAGCCAGCAAGAUCCGGGGCUGGCCAGAAUACGGAGAACCACCAGGGCGUCUCAAAUGUCCGGGUCGGCGCUUCUGCAGCUGCCGCCGAUUGUUCAAAAGAGGUUCUGAAGUUUUAGACCACCUGGAGAAAGGGAACUGCGAUGGUCUGCGCUCUAAAAUACACGACCUAUGCUGCCUGUUUUGCCGAGACAAGGGCAUGGGGCGAGAGGGCCGUCGUGUCUUUGACAAAAAGGCAGGCGGUAUCUACCGGUGUCCUGUAUGCAAAAAAGCAGGAUCAAAACUCAGCUACCUUUUUAAGCAUGCCGAGAGUAAUACUUGUAGUCUGAAGGUCCGCACAGGACCUCUUUCGCAAGUAGUUGACACGCUUAUGCAACAUAUCAAAAACGAAUAUGAAGACGAUGAGUACUUGGAGAUGGAGGACAGGAUGAUGUAUGGGGGAGAUUAUUUUCCCGAGGACGAAGCGUUGAUGGAAUAUAAGAUGACAGGGGAUGUCAGCGAAAGUCUUUUAAAGGAUCGGUAUUAA